UUUUUUUUUUUUCACCCAAGCCAAAGCCGAGGCGUCUCUGGCGUCUCUUCUGUGGGUAAAUAUCCGCUAGGCGGCUAGGCCUCUCUUCUAGUGGCGCGGUUGAAAUAUCAAGAAGCGGCAAUGGUGAUCGAGUAGUUGUUGGCUGGUUGUGCCCGUGUGCUGUGUUGUUUAUGCUCGGAGGCGACCGGUGGGGGUGGAUACACGAUUCCUAGCGAACCCUCGUCCUUUCGUAGCCGGCCGCACUAGGGACGAAACUUUUUUUGGUAUCCCGGGCCAGUUGCUUACACGGAUUACCCCCUACGCCUACCGGGAGGAAUGUGGAAGGCGACGCUCCUACUCUUGUUCGCCGUGAAUGGAGUACUACUCUCUGCGGAAAAGGUCCACAGCACAACUGAAAAGCAUGGCGAUAAUGGCAUGUUCUUCAUUGAUGACCCCCAGAACGACCAAGGCACGGAGGGGAGUGCGGACUUCAGUGACACGGAUCACUCCUCGGGCAUUGGCGAUGACGAGGACGCGGCCGAAGGAUCUGGUGACGAUCACUUGACGGAUGAGGAAGUGGGGUCUGGGACGGUGGGUCCAGUGUUCGUCACGCCAAGAGUCACUGUGGUCACGGACACGAAGCCAUCUAAGGGCUCCAAGCCCGUUCAUGCAAUUGAACCGUCUAUGCCUGAAGGCAACGAGAUCCCCGAAAUAGUCGUUCCCUCAACGUCGACACGGGGUCCCGGCGACGUCGGCCUGGCUCCCGCGGAGACAGAGGAUGAGGGCAAUGCAUUAGGCAAUGACGUGGCGAUCCUUCAACGCAAGCAGGACGACCGGCCGUCCUCCUUUUUUGCUCAGCCUGGCAUUUUGGCAGCGGUGAUUGGUGGUGCCGUGGUGGGCCUGCUGUGUGCCAUCCUGCUUGUCAUGUUCAUCGUCUACCGGAUGCGCAAGAAGGAUGAGGGAAGUUACGCCCUGGACGAGCCCAAGCGGUCGCCGACGGUCAACUCAUACAUGCGCAGCAGCAACAAGGAGUUCUACGCCUGAGCCGACCCCUGCCUCCCCCCACGUGACACACGCACGCAAGCAGAGAGUCGCAAGGCGCCACAGCCUGGGGUGCGGUCUGGUGUCUCGGGACGCCCUUGAGGGAGUGAAGAAACGCAUGCCCCCUUGGGAUGGUGAUGGUGGCGGCACCACUCUCGCUGGGCGGCAGUUCUGAAGGACGUCCAGCCCUAAAGUGUUCGGCAAUUUUUUUUUUCUUGUACAAAUUGGUUUCCAGAUUUCCAAACAAAUUGGUUUGUUUGGAAAAUUCGCUUGUUGCGCAACAAAAGUAAUUUGUUUUAAUGUAAUGUUUUAUUGCCAACCGUUCAAGAGGCUCUGUGUCUCUUGCUCUAACCUGACGUUUUGCUAGGUUCUCGUUGUAGUAUUGAGUUAAGAGUUUGUUUUUCUCUCCGCGUUGCAUUUCCUAGCCACGUCUGAUAAGCCAAGCUUACACUGGCCCUUCUUUUAGCAACGAGGCUUCAUUUUCUUUUUUUUUUAAUGCUAGACGCACUUCCGUUACGUCGAGGGAACCAAAGGCAGUCGGACAGGGAGUUGUAAUCAUCCGUGACCUCCCAGCAGGCGUUAGGCUGCCGCAUUCAGCGAGCUCGGCUUUGUGAAACUCAGUGCCAUUGCCUUUCCUCUGUACAUGUCUGAAAGUGUCCUUUUUAAGGUUGGUGUUUGCUCUCUUCUUUUCCCCCUUCGUUUUUCACCGUGACGGGGACCCAAAGGCACCAGACUGGCGCGUAGAUGCGAGAGAAAUACUGCGAGGCAAACGUGAAAUGGCUUUCUGUCUCGUGUGUGGCAGAGGCCGAGAGAAUGCAGACUCCCCAUUUCUGCUUUUUAGGAAUGCGACGCCGUUCUGUAUAUUGUGCGAAUCGGACGCCCUUCCCGCGAGCUUGUCCCCGCCCAGUUUUCUCCCUCUUUUAUCGAAACUCCGGAGAUGAUGGCAGAGGGGUGGUGUGUGCCCUCCCCAGCAUUUAACGGGGUUCUCCUCGCCUUCUAGAACAGUAGCGUCCCAGCAUUUAGUUCUGUUUGCACAUUCCAUCGGCUUUCGUUGCUUCAGAGUUCAGGUCUCGACCUUAGUUGCGUUCCUACCUCGGCUUCGGGACACUGUCCCAACUCACCGUGCUUCAUUUUGUAGAACCCUCCCCCAUUCCGGUUUUAGGAUACCUGUAGUCUCCUUUGUAACUACUAGUAGCGUGCGCAAUCUACUUCCGAAGGCUCGAGUGCUCCGCGUUUUACCGUGGACCCCCCCACACACUUUUCUUCGAGUCUUCGACCCAAGUGGGUGAGCGCGUGUUCAUAUCUCUUUAGGUGCCUGCCGGGAUCUGUGUGGACAAAAAAAAGAAAACUUAAGCGGUCGCGACGUGCGUGCACGCCCGCAGACCUCGUUCACUCCCAGGAGCCGGCGUCUGGGUUUAGUCACGUGCCAUCACCACGUGCAAAGUAAUCCUCCACACCCCGUGUCCCCCACCCUCUUAUCCUAGCCCCUUUAUUUAAUUGAACCAUGUCGACCACCGUGCUGCCAUUUUGGGGCUCGGAAACUGCCGAGCAUAGUCUUGGGAGGUUUCUCCUCGCCUUCGUUGGAGGUCUAUUUUUUCCCUAAAUGUUCCCUCCCUUUCACCUUGUGCGAAGGCAUACAACUUUUUGUAUGGCUUGUUUUUUUUUAUUUUUAUAUAUUAUACACAUAUACAUACUAUACACGAGCAAGCAUGUUGCGAGACUGUGUGUGCGUACGCGUGUUCUCCGUGCACGUUUAACAGCCGAAGAAAUGGGGAAAAGUUUCGUGUGGGGUUUAUUUUGGAUCAAACCGGCGGUGCUUUGGGCGUUCCACCGCGUCCAGAGAUUCGCGGUUCGACUCGCGUUUCUUCCCUCGUGGGGGAGGCUGUCCGACUUGCAUUCUUUGUACUACUACUACUACUCCGCUUGUGUCCUAGUGUUCUAGAGGUCACACAUGCCGCGCCCCCUUGUCUCCAUGUAAAUAGCGUACCUCGGUUUCCGUCGCGUUUGUCGCGCCAAAAGGCCGGAGCGGCGGACUUGUGGGACUUCGGCCCGUCGGCUGCGCACUUCACGCACCUGCCUUGAUGAAAACUGCUUUUGGGUUUUGUUUUGUGCCGUGCCUGGUGUCUGUCCUUAGUUAACAGCCACUUUUUUUCGACGGGGGGAAGAAACAAAAGGACCUGUAAAUACUGUACACUUCCGAAGAGAAAAAACUAGACGAAAACUAAGCUUGUGGGAACAUUUUUUUUCCAAAGAGUAGUAUUCUUUUACUGGACCUUGUGUGUGCCCAAGUGGAUGUCGUAGCGGUUCUGUAAGUCUUCCUUACUGGUGUAGUCCUCGGCCGAAGCUCAUUCUUUUUAAUGGUGUUGCGCUCUUGCGGUACUACUGUUGGGUUUUAACCAUGUGACUUUCUUUUCUUUUUUUUUACUAGGCAUUUGGAUUUGAGGUUUUUUGUGUUGCAGAUAGCCCGACAUGAAUAGUCCUCCUUACAAAACGUUUGAGCGUUUGUUUAGAACAAAUGGUAUACCUGGAGGAUAUUUUCAUUUUUAGCUUUGCUUGGUCUUCUUUCCUCUAUGCUAGACAACUGCUUUCGAUUUGUGGUGGUGUCCUAAAGAGUGCUGCACAUUGGUAUCUGCAGUUUCUUCCCCAAUUUGCGGUGUUUACGUCAAAAAUGUCGGUGCAAACUUUAAACUUCUCGACUUGGGGUUAAUUUGUUGUAAUUGCAUAACGCAACACAUUUUUGUCCUCUGUUCUUGUCAGCCAGCUAGAGUUGCAUCGCGAGCGAAGAGUGUCAUUGCUGCACAUUUGUCACUGCGGGUGCAACAGCAAAAAAUAAAAACGAGCAAGCCAGAUUUUUUUUUUGUAUGUGCAAGUUUAAUUUAAGUGUGCUGCAUUGAGACCAAACAGUCAGCAUGGAGUAUACCAGAACCUGUGUGUCUGCGUUAGUCAUCUCGGCUCCCUCCUGGGCACUUGUCGAAACAUGUCCAGAGAGCUGCGCAGUUUUAGGCGGUGAUGUCUAUCUUGUACCACUGCUGAACAUUUUUGUACAGAAUUUUCAUAGUUGUCUAAACAAUAAAUUGAUGGAUUUACAGAAAUGUGC